AUGAAUGUUAGCAAUACACGAGACCCUGCGGGGCGGGUGGAACUCGGUGUAAGGUAUCCCCUUGUGGUCGCCUUCCGUUUUAGAACUCGGGCUGGUGAGGCUUCUACCGCCCCAGGAAGGAGGACGGGGCAGGAUCCCAGCCGGGUCACCCCCGGCCUCACCACACCCCCUGGCCCCAACCCCCGUGUACAGGCAGGCGCGGACCCCAGCCCCCUCUCCGGCCUGGCCUGCGGCCCCUGCCCAGGCUGCGACCCCGGUCAGGACCCCGACUCCCAGCCAGGGCCCCACUGCCAUCCAAACCUCGAACUUGGUUCGGACCCCAGCCACAGCAUCAGCCCCGGUCCCGGUUCUGGUUCCAGCCGCAGCGCCAGCUUCGGUCCGGGUGCGGUCCGUGCCUCGGAAUUCUUCCUGAGCCCGGCCCCACCUUUGGGUCUGCGCGGAGAACCUGCCCCGGAGCCCAUUUUGUCUCCUGAUGAGAAUCCUGCACCCACGCCGUUGAGGGAGACGCAUGUCCCAUCGGUCGUCCGUGGAUUCGAGCUCACCCAAGAGCCCUUUCCUGAGCUCACCCCACCGCCCAGUGAUUUGCUGGGGCGCACCCUCGUGUCCACCCCGCUGGCGGACCCACUGGCUCCCACGUUGAUGGAUUCCACUAUUGGACCUACCUGGACGCCCAUCGGGGGAACGGUCCAGUUGCCCGUCACCCUUCCCAUUUCUACCAACACAUUGGCCUCCAUCAGCAAGAGCUUCCAAGCGAACAGCAGGAUCCUGAUUCGAGUGAUCUGGUGA